UAUUUCAGCAUUAGAACAGUAGUAAUACUAAGAAUCCAAUUUGGUCACUGCCAAGAAAUCGAUGGCUUUGUUAAAUUUCUGUGUUCUUGAUUGAUUGUAUUCCCCUGAAUGCACGCAAUUACUGCAGCCGUUGUUCCAGGCAACUAUAUUUCGUGGGUCGCGGGAAAUCUGAUUACCAUUUCUACAUGUCGAUUUUGUGAUGUGGAGAUAAAGUGUUGUCCAAAACAAACAGCCAUUGAUGUAAGAAAUGUUGCUUCCACGUCUUUCCGCGAUUCUCUGUUCCGCCAUUAACGCCGGACGCUGCCGAAUUAAGGAAGAAGACGAGAUGACGUGUCACGAACUGGUGCCAUUUGGAUAAUUGAAUUUUUCCUCGUGCGAGAAAUUAAAAUGCCAGCAGGAAAACCUUCGGAACGAUGAUCCACGCCGUCGGUGGUGUCGGCCUGGGAAGAUGAAGGGUACAGAUCUAUCUGGUGUUGGGGUCCCAGGAGCCACCAAGAAUCACCGCGAAUCUCAGCAAAAAACCAACAAACAAGAAAAAGAAAUAAAGGAGCGCAAAGCACUGAACUGUAGCAGCGCCAGAAAUUUUGGUGUAGGGAGAGAAGAAGAGAUGCCCUCUGGUGCGAAGAAGCGAAAAGCUGCGAAGAAGAAGAAGAAGGAAAACCAGCCCAAGAUCGACAACAAAGCCUCUUCUUCUUCCACACAUUCUUACGGAAAUGAGGGCCUGAAACAGCAAGAAAGGGAUGUUACCAAUCUUGAAUCAAGAUCAAUGGACAUGGCUGAAAUGGAGGGUGCCAUUCAGGCUGAUGUAACCAAUCUUGAUAAAAAGGAGGAUGUCACUAAUGUUGAUGUUACUAAUCUUGAAUCAAGAUCAAUGGGCACUGCUGAAAUAGAGGGUGCCACUCAGACUGAUGUUACCAAUCUUGAAUCAAGAUCAAUGGACAUUGGAGAAGAAAAGGAGGGUGUGACUCAUGUUGAUGCCACUGCCACCAAUCUUGAUUCAAGAUCAAUGGACAUGGCUGUAAAGGAGGCUGUCAUUCAGGCUGAGAAUGGAUUGGAAGGAAGAGUUGGAGGAGACUAUCAUUUUGAGGGGGAGACAAUGUCUUGCAGCGACGACGAAGUUUUGCAGGCGAGUAGCCGUAAUUCGGGUGACAGAAAGCUUGGUAGAGAUGCAGAUCAUUCGGCUGAGGAGAUUCAUACUGCAUUGGUUGCAGGAGAUGUCCCAGAGGCCGGCUUGGAGAGGAAUUCAGUUAUGGCGAAGCAAGCAGGAAUUGCGAGUGUUUCUGCACAAGAUCGAGACGUCUCUUUGGCUCCCUGCGUAGCUAAAUCUGUUGUCGAUGAUCGUACAUUGUUACCACCACAAUGUGGCUCCAUGGCUGCACCGGAUACCGGCGCUACAGCUGAGAAAACAUCCUGGAAGAGUUGCUGUGGACUGUUCGACAUGUUUUCGCGCACCGUUGGAUAACUAAAGGUUAGUUCCUCUUUUCGCUAUCCAUAACUAAAAACACCUCGACUAUACGACUAAAUACAACCAUCUCAUCGAAAUAGAAAAGGAAAUGGGGUUAGACAUGGAGGGUGUUAUCUUCUCUCGUAUUGCUUUGGCAUAGAAUAGACCCAAGAGUUUUCUCUUCUUGAUAAACCAUAAAAAGAAGAUACUUUUCUUCUCUAGGUUAAAGGGCCUCUAAGGAAUCUCUGCUACUGCAACCUUCACUAUAAGUUAAUGUUUUGGAUCAUUUUACAUUUCAAUAUUUUGGGCAGACCUGAAUGAAUAAUAA